AUGGCAUCUCGGGGGCGGAACGAGGAGGACCUCGAAGAGCAGUUCAAUGCGCUGGCUGAGGAGCUUGAACGCGUCCGAGGGGAAUCCCAAUCCUAUUUAGAGGCGAUGAACCAGGCGAGGAAGGAAGCGGACCACUAUAAGGGCAGAAUGGUUAUCAGCGAAAACCGCUGCACCAGGGCCGAGGAGGAAAAGGAACGAUAUUACGAGGAGAGUCAACAACAUCUCGCGGUGGCUCAAGAGGCAAAGGAGAAGACCAUGCAAUACAAGAGCCAGGCUGAGCGACGUGAAAAAGAAAUAACGGGCCUGCAGACGGACUUGUCUACCUCCGUGGGGGUCUCGCAGACUCUCGAGAGCGAGCUAGGCGAGUUGAAAAUUGCCUUCUCGAAAGUCGCCGAUCGAGUGAAACAUGGAAAUGGCGACAAAGUGGACACUGCAAGGAUGCUAGUACAAAAAAUGAAGAAAUUGCGGCAGCUCGACAACCAGCUGGAGAACGAACUUACGACAGAAAUGGGGACGGGAGAUCAAGAGGGAAGUGCAGAAGAGACAGCAUCCAGUCGUGUUCCUCCCGAGUGGGAGCAGGCCGAGGAGAGCGGUUUUCUGGGACUGUCUUUGGACGAUGAACUGGAGAAUUGCGAUCAAAGACGAGGCUUCGACAACGACAGCCCAAGACUGUCCAGCGACGAGUCCGUAUCUUCUCAGGGCACAAGUCUAUUCGAUGCAGAUAGGACUCGAGAUGGCUCCCCACCCACAGAUCAGUCAGACGACGACGAUGAUGACGAUGACGACGAGAAAGUUGACCUGUCUCGGACGAAGUCAGUAGAACUGGCUUCACAGCCGGCGUGGGAUUAUCUGAACAAUACGCCUGACCACGUUCCCAGCUCUGAGUCCAGCCCGCCUGAGCCCAAGAAGCAGGAGCAUCCUGAGUUCCGCCUGGAUCUUUUGGAGCAGAGUGGACCUCGGAAGCGAGCUCGCAUUCGCGAAAUUCAGGACAAGGCCCUGGUGAAAGAGCCCAACCCGUGGAAAGGCGGCCAGAAGUCUCGCCUUCCGGUGAAUCUGGUGAAAGACCUCUCGCGCUUGACGUUGCAGGGCAAGUCGGACAAGAAGCCGACCAAGCCAAGUGCGAAGCAGGUCAUGUCCUUCGUGAAGCAGCUGCCGGGCAACUCGCAUACCGACAGAUUCAAGCAUCUCCGGCCAGAUCGUUUUAAACGGUCCAAACGCGAAAAGCCGUCGGUCAGGGACUCGGCUGCCGUCGAAUAUACGGUCGUCGUUGAUCCGGCCAUGGCGCAGGACACGAAUAUGUUUGGCGAUCAAGUCCCGGCCAACCAGUCGGCUCGUCAGUCUACGCAGACCGUCGCAGGCAAUUCCAGCGGCAUCCAUGGGAAUAUGUUCGCCCCCGAGGUGCUCGCUCCCCCCGUACCCGUUUCUCAAGUAACGACUACCAGCACCGCCAACGUCGCCAACAGCAAUGCACCUCUCCAGCACUCGGGACCAUGGGCGUCGCCGCCGAAGCCACAGCCUAUUGCUCAGCCGCUGCGGAAGUACAAACCCCUCGGCCCGCCCAAGGACAGCCCCAGAUUGCCCCGGAUCGUGCGACACAACUACCCCGGCGCCAUCUACCGCCCGACACCGUACGGACAGGGCGCUACUCGCCUGGACCUUCCCUGGGCGGCAUGGAUGACGAAGAUUCGUGGCGAGAAGAAGCAGGCGUCGAGCGCAGCAGCCGGCGCGCUGGCGCAGACCGGCUGGGAGGGCUGGGACUUCGACGUCUUCCAGCAGGGCGCGGGCAGCGCGGAUUUACUGCCGGAGCAACGGAGGGUCUUACUGAAAUGGCGCAUCGUAUUUGUGGGCAUUGUGCUGCUAUUUCUUCUCUGGUUAUUUACUCACAGUGAAGUAAGCAUCAACGACCGGGACAGGUGGAUGGAGGUCAACGACGUACCACGAUCGGUUCUAAGGCAUAUGCGCGGCCAGCCGAGGCUGAAUUAUAGAUGGAUGGACAUUCUGGAUUACGAGAUGGUGCGCUGGUCCGGAAUCGACCGAGUGGCUCUGGGGUGA